CGCUGGGGGCAGCAGAGAGCGGGAGCAGGUUGGAGUAAAAGCGGUGAAGGAGAGGAAGAAACAGAGAAGGCGCAAAUCCCGCGGCACGAGCUCAGCAUGGAUUGGAGCCAGAACUGGUUGAACUCUCCUGUUGUUCGAGACUCGGAGGUGACUCGAGCCGCACGCAGGAAAAGCUCACACAAAAAGGUGGCCUUCCCACUUGCUCAGGAUGGAUCACCUUCAGCCUCCAUGGCCACUCCAGCUCGAGCACUGCUGACCCACACUCCCGGGUCACUCUUUAAACAGUCCUUCACCCCCAGAAGUGCUCUGAAGAACCCAGAUGUGUCGGCUAUUUUGGGAACGGGAAGCAGGCCGUCCCGAUUCGUGAACACGCCGCUUCCCAAAGGCGGAGUCAGCAUGAAUCUGGAUGACAGUGAUUGGACGAACAGUCUGUACCCCUCUCCUCUCUCUGUUUUGGGGGACGGCAGCUUCACUGAUGAGAUGAACAUGAGCGCUGUAAUGCUGAAGGAGGAGGACCCUGGAGAGGCUGCCUCGGUGAGUCUGUUUCCGGAGUUUCUGCAGUCAUAUAUGCGUCACUCAUCCAGCGCAGUGUUUGACCUGCUGGAGGACUACGAGACCAUCUGCCAAGAUAAGGUGAGCACUCUGCAGAAGCUGGUUCUUCGCUCCGCCUCCAGCCAACAGAAAUCCUCCAAAACCGCCAGCAUCACCUGGCUCCUGCAGCAGGAGAUGGUCACCUGGAGACUCAUUACCUCACUCUACAGGGACAGGAUUCAGACUGCGAUGGAGGAUGGGAUGAUGAUGGAUAUAACUGCUCCCAGUGAAAGUGAGAAGACAAUAAUGGAGCAGUUCUUCCAGAGGGACAGCUUGGUCCGACAGAGCCAGCUGGUGGUGGACUGGUUGGAGAGCAUUGCCAAAGACGAUAUAGGUGAUUUCUCUGAUAAUAUUGAGUACUACGCCAAGUCUGUGUACUGGGAGAACACGCUGCACACUCUGAAGCUGAGGCGAGAUCAGUCCAGCGCAGGUUUCAGCAGGCCACUGGUGACAGAACUAGACCCUGAUGCUCCCAUCAGGCAGAAGAGGCCGCUGGCUGAUCUGGAUCGGGAGGACGACGCCCGGCUGCUCCGGUUUCUUUUUACACUCAUCCGGGCAGGAAUGACGGACGAGGCUCAGAGGUUGUGUAAGCGCUGUGGUCAGGCUUGGCGUGCUGCCACUUUGGAAGGAUGGAAGCUUUACCAUGACCCAAACAUUAAUGGAGGUGGAGCUGAGCUGCAGUCGGUGGAGGGGAAUCCUCACAGGUGUGUGUGGAAGGUGUGCUGUUGGAGGAUGGCAGAGGAGGAGCAGUUUAACAGAUAUGAGAGAGCCGUAUACGCAGUACUGAGUGGAAACCUCCGACAGCUGCUGCCGGUGUGUGAGACGUGGGAGGACACGGUCUGGGCGUAUUUCCGGGUGCUGGUGGAUUCUCUGGUGGAGCAGGAGCUUCGUUCCUCAGGGAUGGGUCACGAGGAUCUGGAGGAGCUGCCCAGAGAAUACCUGGAGGCCAGUUGGACGAUGGAAAAAGUAUUUGAGGAGCUACAAGCAACGGAGUCAAAGAGAGUUUCAGAUGCGACAAAGGAGCACUACCACGUUAUACAGAAAUACAUCAUCCUCGGAGAUUUAGAUGGUCUUAUGGAGGAGUUCAGUGAUUGGCUGGGGAGGAGUCCGCCGCUGCCGGCCCACCUGCUGCGCUUCAUGACACACCUGGUGCUGUUCUACCGCAGUCUGGGCAUGCAGCUGAAGGAGGAGGUGUGUGUGGAUGUGCUGAAGGCGUACAUCUCUCUGUUGGUAAAGGAGAAGCAGGUGGAGCUGAUUGCGUUUUAUGUCAGUAAUCUGCCGGCGGACAUGGCCGUCAGUCAGUACGCUCACUUCCUGGAGGAAGUGACGGAGACGGAGCAGCGGAAGCGCUGCCUGGAGCUCGCUAGGCAAGCCGGUCUGGACGUGGCAGCGGUCACUAAGACAGUGGUAGAGGCCGUCAGAGAGAGAGACAGUGAGGAAUUUUCUCACCAUGAUCUCACACCUGCACUGGACACUGGCACCACAGUGGAAGAUCGACAGAAGAUUGAUGUGAUUGAUUGGCUGGUGUUUGACCCCGCCCAGCGUGCCGAGGCUUUGAAGCAGAGCAAUGCCAUCAUGAGGAAAUUCCUGGCCUCUAAGAAGCAUGAUGCUGCUAAACUGGUGUUCGCCAAAGUCCCAGAAGAUUCCAUGAGAGAAAUUUACCGCCAGUGGGAGGAGCGAGGCAUGAACACGCCCCUUCCCGCUGAGGAGGAAAAUGCCAUUCGUGAACACCUCUGUAUACGGGCUUACCUGGAAGCUCACGAGGCCUUUAAUGAGUGGUUCAGGCACAUGAACUCUCCCCCAGUGAAACCCACCAUGCCAGCCCAGGCCAAGUUCACAGAGAAGGUGGCCUUUGAGAUGAAGGAGAAGGAGUACAAGAUGGAGUAUGAGAACUGGCAGGGUCGUCUGGACGCUCUGACGGAGGAGGUGAAGGAGAGGAUUUAUAAUGUUCUGCUGUUUGUGGAUGGAGGCUGGAUGGUGGAUGUGCGAGAGGACGCUGAGGAGGACUCUGAGCGCUCGAUCCAGAUGGCGCUGCUGCGGCGCUUGUGUUUGCCGAUGAUGACGUUCCUGCUGCUGACGGUUCUGCAGCGCACCGAGCGUCACAAGGAGAGCCUCCGCCUCGCCGACAUCAUCGCCUCCGACCAGCACAGGCUUUAUGAGGUGUUCUCCAAAGAUGAGCUGCAGAAGUUCCUGCAGAAGAUGAGGGAGUCGUCUCUGCUGCUGCUGGAUAAAGGACUGGAUCCUCUGGGCUAUGAGCUCCAGUCCUAAACUCACACACAAACACUUAUGUCUUUCUCUCAUUCAGUUUUUUUUUCUUUUCUUUUAAGUAUGAUUAAAACAGUGUGAGAUGAUGAAUUUUUCUAUUUUGUAUUUGAAUAAAGAUUUGUGGAUUGUU